GGGCUGGGCUGGGGCUGCGGGGCGGCGCCGGGACAGGAAGCGGAAAGCAGCAGAGAGCGGCGACCGCGGCGGGGCUGUGCCUCCACUGCAGCCCAGCGCAGGCCGCGGAGCCGGGGCGCUGCACCCAAGAGCGCGAGCGUGGAGCGCGGCGGACCGGCGCCUGGAGUCCUGUUGAAGAGUAGCAACUCUGAGCCCCACAAGGCUUUAGGAGCUAGUAGGUGAGGCUGCCCGUGGGAAAACAGUGCCUGCUGCAUCAUCAGAGGAAGCUCACCAUUGCUAUGGAUACCGAAUCCACGUAUUCUGGAUAUUCCUACUACUCAAGCCAUUCAAAAAAAUCUCACAGGCAAGGGGAAAGAACACGAGAAAGACACAAAUCUCCACGAAGUAAAGAUGGCAGAGGGUCAGAAAAGUCUGUCACUAUCCAGGCCCCCACUGGAGAACCCCUGCUGGCAAAUGACUCUGCCCCCACUGGCACAGAGGAAGUUCAGGAUGACAACUGGGGAGAGACCACCACAGCCAUCACAGGCACCUCGGAGCACAGUAUAUCCCAAGAGGACAUUGCCAGGAUUAGCAAGGACAUGGAGGACAGUGUGGGACUGGAUUGCAAGCGCUAUCUGGGCCUUACUGUUGCCGCAUUCCUUGGACUUCUUGUGUUCCUCACCCCCAUUGCCUUUAUCCUGCUACCCCCGAUCCUGUGGAGGGAGGAGUUGAAACCCUGUGGUGCCAUCUGUGAGGGACUUCUCAUUUCCGUGUCAUUCAAACUGCUUAUUCUGCUCAUCGGAACCUGGGCACUCUUCUUCCGCAAGCAAAGAGCGGAUGUGCCACGGGUAUUUGUGUUCCGAGCCCUGUUGUUGGUCCUCAUCUUUCUUUUCGUGGUUUCUUACUGGCUUUUUUAUGGGGUCCGCAUUUUGGACUCUAGAGACCAAAAUUACAAGGACAUUGUGCAAUAUGCAGUCUCCCUUGUGGAUGCACUGCUUUUCAUCCACUACCUUGCCAUCGUUCUGUUGGAGCUGCGGCAGCUACAACCUAUGUUCACACUGCAGGUGGUCCGCUCCACCGAUGGAGAGUCCCGGUUCUACAGCUUGGGACACCUGAGCAUCCAGAGAGCAGCGUUGGUGGUUCUAGAAAAUUACUACAAGGACUUCACCAUCUACAACCCAAACCUUCUAACGGCAUCUAAGUUCCGAGCAGCCAAGCACAUGGCUGGCCUGAAAGUCUACAAUGUAGACGCUGCCCUUAUGGCCAAACUGAAACUUUGUGUGGCAGAUGGGCCCAGUACCAAUGCCGCCGGCCAGUCCCGAGCCAUGAUUGCUGCAGCUGCUCGGCGCAGAGACUCCAGCCACAAUGAGUUGUAUUAUGAGGAGGCUGAACACGAACGGCGGGUGAAAAAGAGGAGAGCAAGAUUGGUGGUGGCGGUAGAAGAAGCCUUCAUCCACAUCCAGCGUCUCCAGGCUGAGGAGCAGCAGAAAUCCCCUGGUGAGGUGAUGGACCCCAGGGAGGCCGCGCAGGCCAUCUUCCCCUCCAUGGCCAGGGCCCUGCAGAAGUACCUGCGCACCACACGGCAGCAACACUACCACAGCAUGGAGAGCAUCCUGCAGCACCUGGCCUUCUGCAUCACCAACAGCAUGACCCCCAAGGCUUUCCUUGAAAGAUACCUCAGUGCGGGACCCACCUUGCAGUAUGACAAGGAUCGCUGGCUCUCGACACAGUGGAGACUUAUUAGUGACGAAGCCGUGACAAACGGGUUACGGGAUGGAAUUGUUUUCGUCCUUAAAUGCUUGGACUUCAGCCUCGUAGUCAAUGUGAAGAAAAUCCCAUUCAUCGUACUCUCUGAAGAGUUCAUAGACCCCAAAUCUCACAAGUUUGUUCUUCGCUUACAGUCUGAAACAUCGGUUUGAAUGUCCUAUAUUUGUGGCUUUAUGAAAAACAGAAGAAUAUAUAGAGAGAUAUAUA